GCAGAUGUUGGGCUUCUAUAGAUAACGGUAGUUAAUUAACAGAGUGGUUUUCUCUUCACAAACAUGGUCAGUACGAGCCAGCUGCUUGUUAGUUCAGAAUGUGUGUAUUGCACAGCACGUUUCAUUCAUUUUGGCUAAUGCUAGCUUGUAGCCUGAGCUGGGUUUGGUCGGCUUGCUAACGUCAGGUACUCCUCACUGCUGCUGGACGCACACACAGCUGCAUUGAUUUACUGUUAAAGUAAGAUACUGAACCCCUGUAACUACAGCUAGCCUGCACAGUAAAUUAGGUUAACUAGUGUCGGUAACGUUCAUCAACACAAACUGUUAUGGAUUAUGAACAUAAAGCAAAGGCAGUGGCUGACUGCUUGAUGGGCUACAAGAGGGACGAAUCCGGCUGGAAAGUCUGCAAGAAAUCGAAUGACGUGGUGGUGUCAUGGCGCCCUUCAUCUGAGUUCCCCGGGAAUGUUUAUAAGGGGGAGGGGGUCGUCAGCGGCAGCCCAGACAAAGUGUGGGAGUGUCUGAAGCCCGUCCCCAAUGGACUCCGAGUCAAGUGGGACAACAACGUCAAAAGGUUUGAGCUUCUGGAACAAAUCACGGAGGACGUGUCUAUCUGCAGAACAGUCACACCCUCAGCAGCGAUGGGCAUCAUAGCUCCGCGAGACUUUGUAGAUGUUAUUUUAGUCAAGCAAUACGAAGACGGCACCAUUUCAUCCAAUGCCACCAACGUGAGUCACCCAGGCUGUCCUCCACACUCUGGUUAUGUGAGAGGAUUGAACCAUCCAUGUGGCUGUAUCUGUGUGCCCAUCUCAGGAGAGCCCAACAAAACCCAGGUGUUCAGUUUCUUCCAGACAGACCUGGGCGGCUUCCUGCCUCGCUCCGUGGUCGACUCGUUCUUCCCCUCCAGCAUGGCAGAGUUCUACAGCAACCUGGCCAAGGCUGUCAAAUCCCUCAAAGACCUCUGACACCUCCGCCUCCAGCCUGAGGCCCAAUGACUGGUCAGCCCAGCCCUUCAUUCCAUGUUAAACAGUCCACACUGAACAGUAAUCAACAAGCUGACAUGAUCAAACAAUGACUUAAUCAAGUUUUAUGUUUAAUGUGUACAUUCCUACAUUCCUGUGUUACUGCAGGUAGUAGCCUGCUCCCCCUGUCUGAAA